AUGCACCGCAAAAACCCCAUCAGCGUGCUUGUCUACAACACGCUCUUCCCAACGCCGUCCCCCACGGACCCACCCUCCUUCAGCGCCCAUCUCUCCAAGAACCUCGUCGGUGAAGUUCGCAUCGAAACGGCAAACUUCUAUGGCUCGCUCGACACAAUCGAAGCGCGGUACCCUGGCCUAAACUACGCUUUCCAACCACAUCGGAAACGUCUUGGACGCUUCCCACACCACAAGCGACUCUUCGAUGCAUUCGAUCGGCUUGGGCUGACCGAGGCGGAGAUACAAGGUUUCUGCAGGUGGGAAGGCACACUGUGGGCACGGGAGCGAUACGAGCGGGACGAGGGUGUAAGAGUAGUAGACACCACAGGCGUGGACAUUGGGGCAUGGGUCGACACACGCCGAGCCUACUCCUCACGAAACAACGGAGCAGGGAUCAACGUGAAAACAGACAUUGAAGUAGAAAUUGAAGAGCUAGAACACAACCACCACCGCCACCACGCGUCUACACGGCCACCGAUGCAACAAAACAACGGAGGCGACACGGAAAUGCCAGACUCUUCUUCCUCGGCCGAAGAAGACGAAGACGAAGAAUCAGACUCAGAUUCUACCUCCAACGAACUCUCCUCGUCGGUAGGCUUCUCCCUGAACGCGCGUCUCCUCCAUGCCGCCGCUCUUCGUGAAUCUUCCGGUGCAAUGAACAUACCAAUGGAUCCGGAAUGGGAACAAUACCUCAAAGAAGCGUCGGAGCGGGGCGAACUCAACAUCGACGCUACACGGGAAGCUCUCCGUACCAUGGCUGGCCAAAUGGCGCAAUUGCACCAGUCGACCGUUGAGGCCGAGGGAAGCGAGGCUGUGCCUCAGACCUUCCAGCCACCCGCUGCUCCGGCUUAG